CGUGGAGCCAGCUGAGCAAAGUGGGGAGCACACUGUCCGAGUUAUACCUUUUACACGAGAUAACCGGCACAUGGACGCCGGUUCCACUUGAGGUUUAACGGCACAAGUCUCGGCGUGAGCGAGUCUGCAGAGAGCCGGGACCCGCGGAUCAUCUCCGUGACAGGGAAACACGGAGAGGGAGCCGCGCCAGGACGUGAACGGAAGAGAGGCACAAAUCUCGGAACAGCUCGGCUUUUUGUUGGGGGAUACGCGAGAGAGAGAGAGAGAACGAGACCGAGUGGCAUUAACACCAUAAUUUACCCGGUCAAAUAUUAACCCCGCUGUUUCUUUGCUUUUUUGGAUAUAAGUGGAUAUGUUUCUGCUGCUGGAAGAGCGACGGCUUUGAGGUUUGUUCAAAAGAGGGGGCUCGUGCGUUGUUGUGAGUCAUCUCUGAAUUGUCUCUCCUUUUUCUGUAUUUGUAUUUUUUUCGCCCCCAAACUCGGAAAUAACUGGAACCUCUUGUUGUUACACGUUUGGUUAAUCACAAAAGGUGACAUUUCAAAUGCGGUGAGCGACUCGGGGCUUCAUUGAACAUCUUUGAGACUUAAAACAAGCCGCUUCUGACUCCACAUUGUACUCAGACUCAUCGGAGCGAGAGACGAACCGCUGCAUCCAGCUGUUUGCUUUACCUCCCCUUCCAUCAGUCUCACCCAUUGGAUUUGAAUAAACUGUGGGGGAAAAAACAAAAAACUUUUGAUAAUGAAGAGAAGAAAAUUUGUGUAACGCGGUCUCGUGAAGUGGAUGAGCUUUUACGUCUCCGUCGAGCCUUCCCGGGCUGACAUGCUUCUGGAGAGAGACGGGGUCCAGUGCGUUGCCCUUCCGCUUUCAACGCAAAGUUGUGAAAUUGCGUGAUUGCAGAGCUGAUAGUGGAUGAGCAAGACUCCCCCGGAGCCGGCGGGGAAAUCGACCCUAGUGCCUGCUUGUGCGCCGAGGAAAACGUAGACUCUCUUGGCCAGGCUGUGAAGCAGCAGCUCUCCGGGGCGCGGGUGUAUUCGCGGGGAGGAACUCCGGACGGAGCGGAGAUGGAGGAGUGGAGGCAGUGCGGGCGCUGGUUGAUAGACUGCAAGGUCCUGCCCCCCAACCACCGGGUCGUGUGGCCCUCGGCGGCCGUCUUCGACCUGGCACAGGCUCUGCGGGACGGGGUGCUGCUGUGCCAGAUGUUGCACAACCUCUCCCCCGGAUCAGUGGACCUGAAGGAGAUCAAUUUCAGGCCCCAGAUGUCACAGUUCCUGUGUCUGAAGAACAUCAGGACGUUUCUCAAGGUUUGUCAUGACAAGUUUGGCCUUCGAAACAGUGAGCUGUUCGACCCCUUUGACCUGUUUGAUGUCAGAGACUUUGGCAAGGUCAUCUCUGCUCUGUCGAGGAUCUCCCACCACAGCAUUGCACAAAUCAAAGGCAUCAGGCCCUUCCCAUCCGAGGACACAGCUCUCAAUGAGGAUGAUGUGUACCGGAGCCUGGAGGAGCUGGCAGAUGAACAUGACUUGGGUGAAGAUGACAUCUACGACUGCGUGCCAUGUGAGGACGAUGGUGACGACAUCUAUGAAGACAUCAUCAAGGUGGAAGUACGACAACCCAUGAAAAUGGGUAUGACAGAAGAAGACAAGAGAAACUGCUGUUUAGUUGAGAUCCAGGAAACGGAAGCAAAGUACUACAAGACUCUAGAGGACAUUGAGAAGAACUACAUGAUCCCACUAAAGCAAGUCUUGAGCCAACAAGACAUGGAGGCUAUUUUUGUCAACCUUGAGGAUGUGAUCCGGGUCCACUUUGCCCUGCUGCGAGCCAUCGACCUGAGCAUGGUCAGUGGAGGAAGUGGCCUUGGGAAGAUCUUCCUCGACUUCAAGGAAAGGCUGUUGAUCUAUGGUCUGUACUGCAGCCACAUGGAGAAUGCCCAGAAGACACUGGAUGAACUAAUAGCAACAAAAGAGGAUGUCAGGAUUAAAGUAGAGGAAUGUACCAUGAAAGUGCAAGAAGGGAAGUUCAAGCUGCAAGAUCUUUUGGUUGUCCCCAUGCAGAGGGUGCUGAAGUAUCACCUACUACUGAAGGAACUUCUGACUCACUCAACUGACCGACCGGAGAGACAACAACUUAAGGAGGCUCUGGAGGCUAUGCAGGACCUGGCCAUGUACAUCAAUGAAGUAAAGAGGGACAACGAGACACUGAAAAAAAUCAGUGAAUUCCAAAGUUCAAUAGAAAAUCUUCAGCAGGUGAAACUGGAGGAGUAUGGCCGGCCAAAGAUAGACGGAGAGCUGAAGGUGUGCUCCAUCGUCAACAGGACAAAACAAGACAGGUAUAUCUUCCUGUUUGACAAAGUGGUCAUCGUCUGCAAGAGGAAAGGCUAUAGCUAUGAGCUGAAAGAAAUUAUUGAACUGCAGCCAUACAAAAUGUCAGAUGACCCAAUGAACAACAGAGACAUGAAAAAGUCAAGUGGAAAAAUGUGGUCUUACGGUUUCUACCUGAUCCACCUGCAAGGGAAGCAGGGCUUCCAGUUCUUUUGUAAAACCGAGGAAACGAAGAGAAAAUGGAUGGAACAGUUUGACAUGGCCAUGUCCAACAUCAAGCCAGAGAGAGCCACAGCCAAUCAGCACACCUUCCAGAUGCACACGUUUGAUAAGAACACCAACUGUCGAGCCUGCAAGAUGUUGCUGAGGGGCAUCUUCUAUCAGGGCUACUACUGCUCUCGCUGUGGAACAGGAGCUCACAAAGAGUGUUUGGAAGUGAUCACUAUUUGUAAAAUUAAUCCUCUUGAUUUGGAGCCUGGAGUGUCAUCAGGUCCAAAAAUGGUGGCGGUGAGGAACUACCAUGGUACACCUACACCUCCAGGGAAAACUCCUCUUUCCUUCCAGACAGGAGAUUUUAUUGAGCUGCUGAAGGGAGAUCCAGACACCACAUGGUGGGAGGGGAAACUGAUUCAAACUCAAAAGAGUGGCUUCUUCCCCAGUUCGUGUGUGAAACCUUGCUUGGAUCCAAAGCCCUUCCAGUCAUUAUCCAGCCGGCAGUCCUCCAGGGAAUCAGACUACUAUGGAUAUCCUUGGUUUGCGGGGAACAUGGAGCGCCAGCAGGCAGAUAACCUUUUAAAAUCCCACAGUAGCGGGACCUACCUUAUCAGAGAGAGGACAGCUGAGGCGGAGAGGUUUGCCAUCAGCAUCAAAUUCAACGAUGAAGUAAAACACAUCAAAGUCAUCGAGAAAGACAACUGGAUUCAUAUCACUGAGGCAAAGAAGUUUGAGAGCCUUUUGGAGCUGGUGGAGUACUACCAAACCCAUUCACUGAAAGAAAGCUUCAAGUUGUUAGAUACCACGUUGCGAUACCCAUACAAGUCGAGAGAGCGCUCGCUAACACGGGCAAGCACGCGCUCACCAGCAGCCACCUGCGCCUCCUAUAACUUUUCCUUCCUCAGUCCACAAGGCCUCAACUUCUCUUCUCAGAGCUCUGCUCCCUUCUGGUCAGUGUUUACUCCUCGGGUGGUCAGUACGGCAGUGGCCAGGUAUAACUUUGCAGCACGCGACAUGAGAGAGCUGUCCCUGCGAGAGGGAGACAUUGUCAAAAUCUACAGCAAGAUCGGCGGAGACCAGGGCUGGUGGAAAGGAGAGGCCAACGGAAGAAUCGGAUGGUUCCCCUCGACCUACGUGGAUGAAGAAGGAGUUCAGUAGGGCCGGGAUGCUGCUGGGCCCACUACUUUUAAACCAGGAACCACGUUCAGUCCUCAGAUGAAAUGACUCUCUCUCCAGGACAAUAACACAAGGGAAAGAAGGGCAUUUUUUUUUUCCAACGUUGCUGGAUAAUCAUUUUUCAGCAAGAAUUUUUACUGUUUCUCUAUCUUCAAUUAUGCAUCAGCUUUUGUUUUUGCAGGAUGCCCUGUUUAAUUUCUGUACAGAAAAGAAGAAUGAGAACUGGCGUGCCGUCUGCAGACCUCGCCGGGCUCUGCAGAGACUUUGCUGAAACGAGGACACAGCAGAAAUUAAAUGUUGAUAGCUUUACUUUAAAAAAAGAAAAAAAAGAGGCUCCCCUAUAGUGCAGGUUUGUGCGAGGUGAAUUAAUUGUACAGUAUAGAUAAUUUAUUGAAUAGAGAUUAUUAUCAUUGCUAAUGAUUAUUGUGGGGCAGUUGGGUGAAGCGAAGAAUCGGAUCAGAAGAAGUAAAAUAAGAAAAACAAACAAAGAUGCUGUGUUUUCAUGUUGAGAGAUUUUUGCCUUAGUUGUCAUGGUGAUGCCUUGUGGGCUGAUACCACUGGAGGGAUUUGAAUUUGUAGACUUCUCCAUGUAUGCAUGUGCCCAUGCACGGCCCACACAGACAGAUGCCCACACACACACACACACACACACACACACACACACACACACUUACAACAAUGUACAGUAUGGUGCCUUUGAAGACUGGUCGGUGCUUACAGAACCUCAGCAUCAGCCGGUAAAGAACAUCGCCAUCCCAAACAGACAGUGGUUAACAUGCAGGGGACUUUACUAAAGGAGGGGAGAGGCACGAAUAUAACAUUGUGGGGGAUGCUGGCGUUUUUGAACCCUCGUUCCUCCUCCUAACUGGAGACUGGAUUGACUCAGAGACAGCUGGAGGAGGUUGAAUUUUUGGGUUUAUUUUUCCAAGCCAACAGUGUCACAUCCUGAGUCGGCUGGAAGCGAAAGGAAACCAUCAAGACAUUCAAGUCCAAAGGCGAUGUCACACUUUUAACUCAAAGUUCAUUGCAUCCCGCACAGACUUUUUAUUUUAUUUUAAGUCGGAUAGCUGAAACAAUAGCUUUCUUUUAAUACUUUUAAGCCAAAUUCAUCAAUGUCUCAGUGUCUGCAUGAGGUUUGCUCUAUCAUUAUGAGUUUUGCACCUUGCCUUACUUCUUUUUUUUUUUAAUUUCAGACAAAUGAUCAGGUGACCCUUAACGUCAGUCAAUUACUAUGUGUGAAAUUCUUUCUGGUGCCGUGUUGGAUCAUUGUCCACCUGGAGGGAACCUGUGUGUGCAAAACAUUAAUACCCAGAAGGAGUGCAAAAUCAUGUUUUCCUCAUUGUUUCCUUUUAAUCCCAGUCAUUUCCUGGUGCUGAAAUACUGCUCAGAUGUGCAGCCAUUCAAACCGUGGUGCGCUGGCAAACGGCUUUAAUCAGUUUUUCAGUUGAGAGCAUAAACGGAUCUGUUGGCCUUUUAGAUUUUAUUCCCUAAAUCUAAGAUUUUUCUUAGCUUUGUCAACUCAGAUUUCUGUAUAAUGUGAAUUCAAUUUGUCAUGACAUAGCAUUUUCUUGAAUAUAUGGCCUUACCUCUCACAUCAACGUUUUCUUCAUAUGCACAUCUGUAUUUCACUGUAAGACUGCAAUGUUGCUGCAAGAAGUUCAGGAAACUGUCGGUCACAAAAACCAGUUGAACUGCCGUCCCACGCUCCACUGAGGGGGGGGGGCACAUCAGCUCCAGUCGCUUCACCAAGACGCGAUGGAGCAGAAGAAGCUUGUCAUUUUAGUUUCUAAACUUUUGACCGUUGAUGUGUGUUUUCCGCGCAGACCACUCGUCCUGAGAAACACGGAGUCCCACCACUCUGUCAGGAACAGGAUGCCUCCAUGACGUAUGGAAAGGGAGGGGUGGGUGGGGAGGGAUGGGGAUGCGGUCGCUUUUUAUGUGGUGGACAAAAACCCAUUGCAUGUGACUAAUUAUAUGUCAACUCCUGUCAGUUCAUCCUUGAAAAAUAAGUACUUAAUUGUGUACAAUUUUUUGAAUGGUUGAGUAUUUCCAAAUGAGGUCUAUCAUGAAAUAAAUAUUUCUUUUGAUUUAAA